ACUAUGGGCACCGCCGCCGGGGAGCCCCCAUUCCACCCGGCCGUGCUUUUCAUCCGCCGCCCGGGCGCGCCCUUCGCCAACGCGAUGCUCCAGCGCUUCCAUGUCCUGGACUCGCUGGCCUCGGGUGAGCCGCUCGCGGCUUUCCUCGCCGCCGCCGCAGCCAUGCCAGACCCGCCUCGCGCCGCGGUCAUCAUGGGAGGCGGCGUCAUCCAUGCGGACGUCGCGUUCCUCGACGCCGUCCCCUCCAUCUGCUGCCUCGUCAGCACGGCCGCGGGCGUCAACCACAUCGACCUCGCCGAGUGUGCGCGCCGCGGCGUCGGCGUCGCCAACUCCGGGACGGACUACUCCGUCGAUGUCGCCGACCACGCUGUUGGCAUGCUCGUCGACGUGCUCCGGUGCGUCUCGGCGGCGGAGCGAUUCGUCCGGCGUGGUCUCUGGCCGGUGCAGGAGGACUACGCUCUCGGAUCCACGCUGCGUGGAAAGCGUGUUGGAAUCAUCGGCUUGGGGAACAUUGGCUCACUGCUCGCAAAGAGACUUGAAGCCUUUGGCUGUAUCAUCCACUACAACUCCAGAAGACCCAAGGAUUCAGUGCCUCACAAGUACUUUCCUGAUGUCCAUGAUCUUGCCUCUGAAUCAGAUGUGCUGGUUGUCGCAUGCGCACUGAACAAGGAGACACACCACAUUGUCGGCAAGGAUGUUUUGGAGGCCCUAGGAACGGAUGGAAUUGUCAUAAACAUUGGUCGAGGAGCAAGCAUCGACGAGGUAGAGUUGGUCAGAGCUCUGAAAGAGGGAAGGAUUGCAGGAGCUGGCCUUGAUGUCUUCGAGAAUGAACCCGCGGUGCCAUCUGAUCUCUUGUCCAUGGACAAUGUCGUUCUGACGCCUCAUUCGGCCGUUUUCACAUUGGAGUCGAGGUCAGACCUCUGUGAACACUUGAUAUGCAACCUUGAAGCCUUCUUCUCCGGUGAGCCGUUGCUCACGCCGGCCCUGCCCUGA